GCACUGGCCGUGGUCCGUGGCAGUGUGCGCGCCGCUCCUUCGCGCAGGCGGCCCAGGCCCAAGCAGCAGCACCACCAAAAUGGCGGCGAGCAAAGUGUCGAAAAAGUUACAUUCUAUGGCCAUAGAUUUCCUCUCCAGUCGAAGGAACGCCAACAAUCUCGCAGACAUCAUUGCCCUGAUUGAGAGCAACGAGUCUAAUAUUCCACCAUGUUUACUGGCACUAGAAAUCAUAUUUUUGGAGGUUUUAAAACGACGAGACAUGUUUCUAGAGAACCCUGCAGCUGGAUCAUGCGCUGUAGAUACAGAAAGCCAAUAUAGAAUUUGGCUACGAGAGUGCUUCGAUGAUGCCUGGAGCAAAAUAUUAGCUGUUGUGUCAAACAGUCCAAAGAUUUCUGUUCAAACUCAAGCCUUAUCAACUGCUAUGAAACUUAUUGCCAUGGAAGGUCAGAACCCUUUAGAACCAUUGAAGAAAGAAGAACACUAUUUUCCUAACAACCGCUUAAGACUGCUUCUGGUUGCCAUUCUUUCAUCUGGUCGGAAUGGUGGCCAACUUUUAGCUCGUCUCCAAGAAUUUUCCACUUAUCCAGAUGUCUUGUAUAAUGUUUGGAAACAGUUGUUCCCUAUUGCUAUUGGGCUUCAGCGUAGUGGGCAGAGACCAGAUGAAAAUUUUAUACGGAAUUAUCUGGAUCUUAUUGAUAAAUUUCCUCUUCCCAAGCCAGGGAGGGGCGAGAGAGGUCAAGAUCACGAUCUGACUGACAACUUGUUAUGUGGUCAACAAGGCCAUAAUGGAUAUAUUUUAAAUAUGGACCACAUGCGGAAAGCUGUCAACAAAGUUUGGGGCUGUGUGAUGCAUUGGAAUCACACCCCAGCAACCCAACGCUUGUUGCUUGUCGUGCUUUUGGAACGAGUCUUACCAUUCUUAGACAAACCACUUCUUCUCACAGAUUACCUAAUGGAUAGUCUUGACUCUGGUGGUGCCAUAAGUUUGCUUGCCCUCCAAGGAAUUUUCACUCUUAUUCAAAACCACAAUUUGGAAUAUCCAAAUAUUUUCAGCAAACUCUACUCAAUGUUUGAACCUGAAAUAUUCCACACCAAAUUUAAAGCCCGCUUGUUUUAUUUGUCAGAUAUGUUCUUAAGCUCUACGCACCUUCCAGAAAAUAUUGUUGCUGCAUUUGCAAAACGCCUAGCUCGUUUGUCUUUAGUUGCUCCUCCUGAAGACAUUCAUAUAAUUCUUAUGUUUAUUGGAAAUCUCAUCUUGCGGCAUCCAGGUUUAAAACUUCUCAUAGAUAAUCCAAACCGCACUAAUGUUCCAGAGGACCCAUUUGUUAUGGAGGAACGGGAUCCUAGCAAAAGUAGAGCAAUGGAAAGCUCACUUUGGGAACUUCACGCACUACAAAGUCAUGUCUUACCUGGAGUUGGAACUGCUGCUAAUUUUAUUUAUAACCCUCUUCCCUCAGUAGAAUGGGAUUUGAGUCAAAUAUUAGAAGAUAACUCAGAUGAUAUAUUUGAAAGAGAAAUGAAGAAAAAAUUGAAAGAAAUAGCCCUGACAUUUGAUCGUCCUCAAUCCUUGUCACUGCCACAACAUGAGCGUGUAUCUCAAUUCUGGCAACUUGUUUAAAGUGUUGUAUCUUAAUGGAUUUUGGAAAUCUCUGUUAGCCUUCCCACCAGUACAUAUUGUAUAUUUGAAGGUACAGUAUCCUUAUCCAAAACUCAUUGCCUAAAAUGUUACAAUUUAAUUUAAGCUAUGAGCACAAGUGUUUGUUGGGUCUGUGCAGCAAACAAGAGAUGUAGCUGUUUUGUCAAUCUAUCUUAAGGCAGUGUUGAGAGUGUCUGCUGAAGUCUGAUGUUAAUCACUUAUUUUAAUCUAUCCCGGUAUUUACAUAUGUCUCAUUGUACUGUAUCUUAGUUUCUUGCAACCAACCAGUUUACUGCCAAGUAAUGCAGAUAUCCUUUCAAAAUCAGAUGCAAUCUUUUUUGUAAUUGUUGAGUUUUUAAGUGCCAUAGGGUAUUUAAUACUCAGUGUUGAACCACCAAAGCCUUUCUGUAUAUAUGUAUUGUUAUGUAACAGAUAGUGUAGGUACAGUAGUGCUGUAAGUCACCGUGAUGUCUUAGCACUGUUUCUCACUUUCAAUUUUCUUGUUUUAUGUUUAUAUUAUAUAACUUUUUCCUCUAACCUGAGUACCUCAUGUUAAUCCUAUGGGCAGUGAGAUUAUUCUGUGAGCCUAAGGUACCAUUUCAAAUGCAAGUGGGCCAUGAGACAAAAUCUGAUUUUAUCCAGUUGUUAAGUGACUUAUUUGUAAUCAAAACUGUUAUCAUUUUUAUUAUCUGUUUAUGAUGGCCUCAAGGUUGCCCCUAGUAUUGAUUACUUUGUAUUUGCAAUUCAUGUUCCUGGGGUGUUUUGAAUAUAUUAUAUUCAAGUUUAGUUUGAGUAUUGCUCUGAUUUUUGAAUUCCUAGAAUCGAUUCAUUUGGUCUUCAUUUGAUGUAACUUUUCCUUUGUUGCGGGAGGGUGAUAAACAACAUUCUCAAGCAACAAUUAAUACUUUUGUCUGUGAUUUUUACUAAUUAAGGAUUAUAACUUGUUUGAUGUACUUUUAAUUUUUCAACAAGGUUAAAUUUUUCAAAAUUUAGAUUUUAUGGAGCUCAAUGAAUAGACUCUAAAAAUCAAAUUUAGUUAAGAGCCUUUUUGUUUUUUACCUACUUUAGUUUGAGACCUAUCUGUGGAUUCAGCUUCCACCCGAGGCACAUAGUAUUGCAAAUUUACUUAAUUAAAGUCUUAACUUCAGACAUGGCUCUAUUGUUUCAUAUUGCCAUGUGAGAUAUGGCACCUAUCGCUGUGAUAGUUGGUUUGUUGAGAGAGGCAAUACUACUGUGAGAGACUGAGUGUUUGCCGUGUCAUACAUGGUCACAUAUGACUAUUUGAGUCAUGUGAGCACAGAGGGUAAGCAAAACGGCGUGGUGAAAUCUUCAGCAACAAAAGUCUCAAAGGCCAAUUGUCUUGUUAUGGUCUUCUGAGCAAAACACCAAGGUGUCUACUAGGGGUGAUCGAAUUUCGCAUAUUUUUGAUUCGAGAAUUGUAAUAGUGCGGAAAAGUUGCCCUGGUAUAUCCUAAGACUAACCAUAUUUUUUAUAUUUUUUCCGGACAAAAUCUUGUGUUCGAACCAGGGGUCACGAGUUUGACAUUAGUGUCUUAUGGGCGUUUUGAUCAAAAAGUGUUUUUGGUGUCUUGUUCCUUUAAUUUUCGCCGUACAUCAAAAAUAAUGCCAGAAUCGUGAUCUACGUCAAAAACUGAGACUAGCGAUAUAUAAUGUGACAACAUUCCACUCUUAGAAGCGAAAAUAAAAUUACCAAAAAACGGGUUUUUUGAGAUAUUUUCGAGUUUUUCCGUUCUCUUUUUGCCGCUGUGCGAAGCGGGAUGUUGACAUGCUACACAUCGUUAAACUCAGUUUUUGACGUAGAUCACGAUUUGGGGUCUAUUUUUGAUGUAAAGUGAAAAUUGGAGGAGCAAGGAUAGAUUAACAAUUUUUAACCAAAACGCCCAUAAGACACCAAUGUUAAACUUGUGGCCCCUGGUUCGAACACAAGAUUUUGUCCGAAAAAAAUAUAAAAAAUAUGGUUAGUCUUAGGAUAUACCAGGGCAACUUUUCCGCACUAUUACAAUUCUCGAAUCAAAAAUAUGCGAAAUUCGAUCACCCCUAGUGUCUACCUCCCUCCCAAGUUGUUGCUGAUCCUUUCAUCACAGUUGUCUUGAACUUUUUUGUGUAUAUGUUUUCCUUGAAGUAUCGUUCUUUCAAUAAAGAAUAUCUUUGUUUGCAAUUUCCCAAGCCUUGUGUCGUGACUAGAGCUCAUGUAAGUGCUCAAUUUGUUCAUUGUUCAUUCCCUAGGUUUACAUGAUAAACUAAUAUCUUGUGUAUUUUGAGCAAAGCAUAAAAUCAUGCUGAUCACAUUGAUUUCCUCUUUUCUCUGUUUUUCUUGUUUUUAUUACUGCUGUUUAAAGUUAUGUUAUCAUAUUGCAGUACCCAAUAAUUUUAUCAUAAUUCUAUUUUUUGAAGAGGAAGUGGAGAAUUUCUAGUUGAGGCACAAGACUUGUGAUGUGAUAAGCCAAGCUGUGAGUAAGCUGUCUUACCAGCACACCAACAUUCUAAUCAUUUUGUAUCAAUUUAAUUGACACUGUUAAUUAAAGUAUUGCUUCUGGUGUGUAAAA